UAUUACUGAUGUUUGCUCCCCUCCAUAGGAGAAAAGGAUUGUAGAUUUGUCAUGCGUGACUCUACUUUUGUAUCUCUAUGAUCGCCUCAUAGACGCAUGUUAGCUGAAACUUCCUCUGGCUCCAUAUGAGCUAAUUGCGAGUAUCGCUCAGUCUCUGCUUGAACGCUUUCUUGGGGCUGCCAAGACAUUUAAGAGAGGGAUGUCAUACUAUCUCCAUGAAGAUAUUCCUGAUAGAGGAUCUAUAUAUGUUCGAGAAAAUGGUCAGCUAUAUAAAUUGAAUCAAAAUCCAGGAAGAGGAAACAACCAUGCUCCAAAUCCAGGGCCAUCAAGACUGUUCUCCAAAGGCUUCUCUGUUGAGCUUUGUGUGAACAGAGGUAAUGACAAUGGAAGGACAGAUCAUUUCAUCUUCACAUACACAAAGGAGGGAAAUCUUCGCUAUUCUGCCAAAUCUCUCUUCAACUUAGUCCUGAGUUACAUUGCUGACAACAUUAAUCAUGUUGAUUCAUUGACUGGCUUUCCAGAGCAGAUUGCAGAAAAACUUUUCUAUGCAGCAGAUGCUAGACAGAAAUUUUCAGAACCAAAAACAGGAAUCUGUGCUCUGCAAAAAUUUACAGAUGUUUAUGGAAGUUUAGUACUUCGAAUGCUAUGCUUGAAAAAAAGUUAUCUAGUUAUUUCUGAAAAACUUGAAGAAAUUAAAUCCUUCAAAGAUCUGGUAUGUUUGGAUUUGUCCUGUUGUAAACUUGGAGAUGAUCAUGAUUUAUUACAACAUAUCACAAAUGCAACACUAUCCAGUCUAGUUCGCCUUCUCCUGAAGGAUAAUUGCUUAUCAGAUGCUGGUCUUCGCAAAAUGACUGCACCUGUUCGGAUUAUGAAAAGGGGACUUGAAAAUCUCACAGUAUUAGAUCUGUCUUAUAAUCCCGGAAUCACCAGUAUGGGAAUUAGGUACCUGCUUUCUUUCAAAAAGCUGAACUAUUUGGAUCUCUCUGGGACUGGCCUAAAGUGUACAAAGGCAACCAUUUGUCAGGUCCAGUCACAAAUAGGUCUAGUUCAUUCAGAAGAGCCUUUGGAAGAAUUUGAUCAUCACAACUGCAAAACAGAGGGGUGGGCUGAACAGACUAUCUUGCAAUGGCAGCAUGCAAUCUUAGAAUCAAUUAAGGCAAAAGAAAAAUUGAAAUCGAGAACAGCAGCUCAAUGUUUCUAUGGAAAAAGACACAAGAAAGAGAAAUCUUUUGAAUUCCUGGAUGAGAAGGAAAGCGAGAAAUCUGAGAAAUUGCAGUUCUACAGGAGAAACACAGAUAUGUCAAACAUUUCUGUACUACAAGAAACAACUGAGAUGAAUGAAGAAUUACAGAAUAAAGAUACGGUUACACAUGAACAGAAAGGACCAAUUUUUGAGUCAAAACAUCUUACCUUCUCAGUGGCAGACUGGGACUUGUUAAAUUCUUAUUGAAUUCAAUUUAUAAAACUAUUAUGUACAGUAUUGUACAAAGAAAUGUUUUUUAAAAAACCAUAUCGCUGAAAGUUCUAAUAAAGUAAAUUUCUACUGUCUCUCUUUCUCUUGUUGAAAAUAAGCAAUGGUGUCAAAAAGUAAAUCAUAGCUAUUUUUCUAUCAACAAAUUAUAAUAUUUCAGCUACUGACCUUUUUUCAUUUUAAAAUAUUUUUUCAUUUUGAAGCAACUGGCUUGCAUCACAUAAUUAAUCUGUAGGAAUCAUAACUGUAUAUAUAAAUGGCUUCCUCUGAGAAAUGAUGCUUGAGGUGAUAUUAGAUAUGUAUGAUCCUUUAUGGUUGAUCUCUACUGGUAGUUUUUAUACCUGCAAGAUAUUAUUGGGUGUUGUACUAAUCUUGUUGUACUGUAGCUAAAGAAACAGGAUAAAGAAUGAGGUUUAAGAGCUAUGUUGACAUAGCCAUAACUACAUAUAACUCUUGUAUGUUAUAACGUUUAUAAUGUAAGCAAACAAGCUGGGCAUUAGUUUACCAAAAAACCUUUGGUACAUAAAACCUGUUUAAGCAUGCAAAUGCUUAAAGUACACAAAACUGCACUUGAUCUUAUCUUGAAAUAAAACACCAUAUGAUAUGGUAUUCAGAUA